GAUAUGUCGACUACACUAAACUUUGAAAAAGUAGGACUCGCCGCGCCAGUUUUAAGUGUUUGUUAUUGUUAAAACUACACGUCUAUUCAAUUGUCAAAACUGUUGUGGCAGCUACAACGUUUCAUUCGGACCCACUGUCUCGCUUUGCACUCAAGUGUCAGUCCGCUAACCAACUGACUGCUAGCGUUUUUCUGCUUUUGUGAUUUUGACUAUCCGCAAUACCUUUAAAACACACGAGUUCACUUUGGAUAUAAUUACAUUAGUGUUGAUGUGUGUUUGUUGUCAUCGCUGAAACUGGUAGUAGCGCUGUUAUUACCCGUGUUGAAUAUGCGUUCGGCCUGUUGUUAACGCUAGCCACACCAGCUAGCCAUUAGUUUUUCGAGGAUACAAAAAGUUGAUUUCGGGUUUUCAGCCAAUAAGAUUCAGCUAGCCGAUGUUAUUGACAGGGUCUGAAGCAUUGCAUUCAUCAGAUGCUGUUGACUGACGUGCUUAUAGCCAAUAGCUGAAAAGAAUAGGCGGUCUUGUUACGGGAAAAGGCAGGGCUAAGUAAGCUCGUUCGUCGCCAGACGGUAAUGAAGGCUAAAGAAGACAAACUUUUUCAGACCAGUCAGCGUUGUCUGGAAGAAGGAACUAAAGUUUGCAGGACUUUGGGAUUUCAGUUUGACAUUGACCUCUUUUACAUUCCUGAAACCCCACGAAAAAUAUUCGCAUGUCAGUUUUGGCGGUAGAAUAUGCUGUAAUGAUAAUCUGGAUCUGCAAGAAGAGCCUCUAAAGACAUGAUCUAAAGUCUUAAGUAAUAAUGAUAUCCAUAGUAUUUCCAUUUGAGCUGUUGAACGCCCCAGGAUCCGCAUCCCCAUGCAUGUCAACACCUUCAUUAGGAAUGUAGGUCAUGUUUUUGGCAGAGUUGUACCUCAUUCCAUCACAUAGAGUUACACCAGAGAAAACUGCAGCCUGUUUUGUCCAACCAAACAUCUCGAACCACUCUAAGUAAUGAUUGUAUUCAACAUAAAUGUUCUUUGUUGCUACUUAAACAUCAUCAAAUUACACAUAUGGUGAAUACAUUUUAUGUUUCAAAAAUAUAUGCUGAGCAUGUAUGCUUUUCUGUAUACAUAUGUGCCUCAACCUUUGGCUGAGAUGUCAGUGAUUCAAAGUCUAUCCAUUCAUAAUUGGUUUGUUAAUUUAGUAUUUAAUGCUAUAGAGCAUUAAGCAUAAAUUAUUUUGCAAAAUUAUUGUCCGCACCAGAGGCUGUGUCGGCUCCACUUUUGAUGAGACCCAAAACAUCAAGUGACAUGGUCUGUUUCUUUUGAAUUUGUUGUAACAGAACCAAAACCUCACGGCAAGUACUUAUAAAAGUUGUUGAUCACAAAUCAAAUCGGCACAGUGUUUAUGAUUUAAUUUUAGAAAACUGCCGUGGGUCCAUCCUGUAUUGUCCUGCAUUGUCUGCUAGCUCGGCAUGGAUUUAGCUUUUAGGCCUUGUUAGUUAUGCAGACAUGGAUAUAGGAUUUCAUUUGUUCCAUUUACCAAAUCUCAGGUUCACUUUGCUUACAUAAAUACAUAUUGGCUGUUGCACACACCCAGCUACAGCCUAGAUCUCUGGUCUCUAAAGCUCAUAGCCUAUAUUUACAGGACCCCACCUGUGAUCCAGCAGAUAUCCAUGAUCCUUAAAUUGAUCAAUCGCUGACCGCGUUUUUCUUUCUUUCGCUAUUUCACCAUUUCACUCUCUCCCUCCUUUACUUCUUUUUCUUUUUGUGGGGUCUCCCCUACCCUCUGGCAAUUCAAGCCUCAGAUUCCACAGUCAUGGCUGCAGCGCGAGCUAUUAAUACAGUUUGUUUAGUCAGUUUCCUAGCAGGCUGCAUCAAACACUGGAUGGCUGUGGCUGAUUAUAGCUGGGACUCGUUCCCCUACACCUGCUGAGUCGGAGAAAUCCAAGUUAACGGUGGGACUUUGGCAGCAGCUCAAUGAGAGGGACAGGAAUUAGGGCACUUUAAGUGCUUCUAUGUCACCUUGGACGAAAGGAGUUACAUUGCAAGCUCUUUGCAAAAAUGGGGGACGACCGACCUUUUGUGUGCAAUGCUCCUGGCUGUGGACAGAGGUUUACCAAUGAGGACCACUUGGCUGUACACAAACACAAGCAUGAAAUGACACUGAAAUUUGGACCAGCCAGGACUGACUCUGUCAUUAUUGCAGACCAGACACCUACUCCCACUCGCUUCCUAAAGAACUGCGAGGAGGUUGGUCUGUUCAACGAGCUGGCCAGCUCCUUCGAACAAGACGAAGAUGACAAGAGAGCAAAGAACUCUCUCCCUGUUCCCAACUCUGUGGCUUUGGACAUGAGCUUGCAGAUGCCAUCAGAUGUGAAGGUGAAAGAAGAGGAACCUGUAGAGGUUGACUCCUCGCCACCAGACAGCCCUGAAUCUAUCUCUGGAAAUUCAGACAGCAGCAUAGAGUCUCUGGUUAAAGGAAAGGACACACCAGCCAGGAGUUCAGCCCCCACCCCUACUAUUGUGCGUCCAGGUUCCCUCCCACUACACUUGGGCUUUGAUGCCCUUCAGCCCACCAUGCCGUCACCCACCUCUGUCAUCACACAGGCACCACCUUCCAAUCGUACUCUUGGUUCGCCAACCAGCCACUACCCCAUGAUGAUGCUUCCCUCUGGUCAGGCAGUGCCUGUGCUCCCUGGUCCAGUACACAUGCCCUCUGUCAUUAAUCUGGCCCGACCCAUGUGCAUGGUACCCAACAUUCCUGGGAUCCCCGGUCCUCCUCUGGGAGGCAGCAGCAGCGGCUCUAACUCCCCCUCUGGCUACAGCAUCCACUCGGAGGCCAAGAUGCGUCUGAAGGCUGCGCUGUCCCAGCAGAGCCCGUCAGGACAGAGUAUGGGGGUCAUGGCCAUGGGCAGCAGCCCCAUGGUACCUCAGAGGGCAGAGCAGAGCCAGCUGCUUGUCCAACAGCCAGAUGCUCCAUCACCUGCACAACCUCAGGUAUCUCCAGCACAGCCUACAGGUGGGCGUCGGCGACGGACAUUAGAUGAUGACCCAGAUGAGCGAAGGCAGCGUUUCCUCGAGAGGAAUCGGGCCGCGGCAUCACGCUGCAGACAGAAACGCAAACUGUGGGUCAGUUCCCUAGAGAAGAAGGCUGAGGAGCUCUGCAACCUGAACGUCUCACUGUCGAAUGAAGUGUCUCUGUUGCGGAACGAGGUGGCUCAUUUGAAGCAGCUGCUGUUGGCCCACAAGGACUGUCCUGUGACCACCCUACAGAAGAAGACUGCCUACUUAGCUGCAGAAGAGAGCAUGAAAGACACCUCAGAGCCCACAGGUUCCCCUGCCCCGGUGAUCCAGCACAGCUCUUUGGCGCACAGCCCCUCUGCAGGGCAAAACGGCCUGAGCUCAAGGGCAGCAGCUGAGGCUAUGGCUAUGUCAGUGCUGGCAGGAAUGGGCCAGCAGCAGAGGGCUGAGAGUGAACCCGCUCACAUUAUCAUGGCUGCACAGUCUGCUGCCAGAUGAUGAGCGAUGCCACCGUGGCCCAGAAUUGGCUCACACUCAUCAGCCAGGGGUAAAAAAGAGCAGCGGAACCCUCCCAACUUCCCCAAUCUAGAAGUCCAAAUUUCUCAUCUUCCCCUUCCCCCCUCACUGUGCUCCUCUGCUCUCUCUGACCCUCCUGUGGAGCCAUCAUGCUGUGGCCUGGAGCUCAGCAGCAGCCUUCUGGGAAUGGACUGAGACUUUUGAGAGAGCUUCCUGUUCACUUUGCCAUAGACUACAGGGGCUGGACUCCAAUUUCCCAUCCUUGUUUCCCUCUUGCUUCCCCGCUCAUCUCUCCUCACCCUCUGUCAAAAUGACUCUUCACUGGACUGUAGGACUGCAUCGCUCUGAGUGUACUGCCGUAAUGAACUUCCCAUGUGGACACGCACCACACAUGUGCACAGUUUCUAACACACAGGUGUUGCGCAAACAUUCUUGAUCAAAUCAGAUACCAAACAACACACAGGGCUUUACACUGUUGUCAGCAGGGAAUAGUGCCUUGCGCUCCUCGACUUUUUAGCCACGCACACACCCACACAAGUAAUCACAGCAUAUGUCCCUAUACAUCCUUGGCUCCAGAGAUGCAGUUGUUGUCUAGACGUCAAUGACUCACAUCUCAAAUAUUUACCCAAACCUUUUGUAAAUGGUUCAACCUCAAGGUGAUCUCAACAUGGAUCCAAAAACCUUACCUCAUUUACACCCCUUUAUGCUAAAUUUGAUAAACUGUGUGUAUGAUUGGCUCUGUGUGUAUAUAUUUAUGUACAUCAGAACAUAGCAGUUUGCCUACUCCUGAUCCGAUACGUUAAUACCUUGGGAUAGGAUUGUUAGCAUGUGACUUUUUCUAUUAGGGUAUUAUGUUCUUGAUACAGUAUGUGCAGCUAUAUUUUUUUAAUUAAUUGGCACAUCCUCCCAGAUUAGUCCACAGAACCAAAAUAUGUUGAAUUGACAGUGUAUUAUCUUAAAAUUAGUUUGUUUGAGCAUUAGCUUUUUUCUUACCUGAAGGGAAUUCAACCUUUCCCCUCCUCCUCACCUUCCUCUAAAACAGGCAGUUUUGCUGUUUAUUGGUUUGUAAGUGGAUGCCUUUUUCCAUUCUAUAUGAAACUAUUCUAGUGACUGUGUUUCUCUGUGUGGGCUCUGGACUUAAUGUAACUGUUAUUUUCACACUUCUCAGGAUGGUUGCACAUCCUUGCUGCUCGUUGGAAGUGCGAUGAACCGCUUAGUCUCUUUGCUCUUUACCAAACCUUAACUAAGCCAUAAUGACGACAAAUCCCAUUUCUGAAUCUCCAAAGACCGCCUGGUUCUUGUGCUGGUUAAUAGCCUGUCUAUUAUUUUGUAUGAUUUAGAGGUCACAGUGACACAAUCUAUAGUAUAUCACUGCUUGUUACUUGCACCUGCUUGUUACACACAGUCUCACAUACAAUGUCUGAUAAUUUUGCCUUAAGAUCACAUUGGUGCCUCCGAUAGUCCCACUUAAAUAUACACAGAUUUGCUCAUGUAAAAAACAAUGGAGCCUUAUAAAAAUAUAUUUGUUGUCAUUUGUUCAGUUCAUCAAAUAAAAAACAACCAAUGAUGAACCAAAGAUUUAUUCAGCGAAGAUUCCUCAAAGCCUUUAAAAUGAAUGUUUAAUUUAACCAUUAUUCUCUUUUCAGUGACAUAAAAUUAUACAAUACUUGUCUGUCAUCUGGUGGAGAGACACAGCAAAGACAUCUACACUGGUAAAAGCUUUGAGGGAGGAAAAAGUUAAGAUGUCUUGUGACUGUUUCUGAAUGGCUCCAGUUCCUUUCGAAAUCCCACCAAGAUAUUUUACCAAGAUAUCAGUAUAUUUUUACAUAAACUCCUAAAGAAGCGGUUUGCUUUUCUGUUUUUUUCCUGUAUAUCCCCCCCCCCCCUUUUAUCUUAGGUGAUCAUAUAUUUGCAAGAUGUGAUAUUUCAAAAAGAUAUCUGUCCAUUAACACAAGGGCAUGUCUUUAUGCACUAAAUAAUGCAAGUUUAUUCUGUUGCUUUGUAUUUCUGUUCAUUUUAAGGUUUUGCAGUUAUCUUGUCCUCUGGGUCUUUUUCAGAGAUAUCAGAUCCUUUUUAAAAAAACAUUUUUUUUCUCUCAUCUGUACUGUAUACAUGAAUGGAAAUUUUCUCAGAAACUUUAAUAUCCUUUCACCUUUAACUGAACCUCUUGUCCUACAGUCCCAAUGGCGACCCCCGGCAUUUUGUUGUAUUUCACAGCUGGCACUAUAUUUGGCUGGCAGUCCCUUAUAGACGAUUGUUCAUAUGAAAUGAAAAUUCAAAACAUAUUUAGCUUUCAUGUAAUUCAUGUCAUUGGCACCUUUUAAUGUCAUUUCAUGUUUUCUUUGUUGUGUGCUAUUCUCAGCACUAUACAACCUUUGUCAUAACGCUUUUGAUUGUACUGAUGAAUAUAGAAACAAAUUUCUUUUAACACAGAUUUUUUGUUUGUUUUCUCUACAGAAAAAAUUAGAUUAUAUUCCUUUUGUUAUAUCUUUUAAAAUUAAUUUGGUCUUUGGAACACCCUUGUCUAACUUAUUUUUUUAAUUGGUCAACUAACAAUCGUCAAUAUGGUCUUCGGCAUGUUAAUGUUACCUAGAAUUGUUGUGAAAAGAGCAAUUUAAUGAAAAAUGCAACAACGUGAAAGUUGCACAUAGUGUAUUAAUGGUUUUUCACACUCCUAUUGUUGGACUGAUGAUUUCAAAAAUUGUCCUUGUUCUGUACAUAUCUGUACUAUAUGAAUAUAUUUACUUUUCCAUGCAUGUCCAAGUGGAAUACUACAAACACUUACAGUGCUGCAGUUUUAAUUAAAGAAACUACAUCUUAAUAAACAUUUCUAAAGUUG